AUGUUCGACUAUCUCAAUCUUCACGAUGUCUUCCCUGAAGGGUUAGCGAACCCCUACGAUCGCGAUACUCAGCGAGAAACAGAGGCGUCUCGCAAGAGUUUUGAUGGCGCCUUGUUUAUCGAUCGUGUUCUCCGAGCUGUUGGAAUCACAAAGGCAAAAAUCUACCCUCCCAAAACCGACAAUGCCUUGAAACAGCUUCACCACCAAGUCUGUGAAGCCAACAUGUCUACACACCACAAAUUCCCCAUUUUCUAUUAUAUUCUACUCGAUUUUGACCGAACGUCGGGUCGCGACAAUGUUUCGGACGUUUUUGUGGAUUCAUCUGGCAUGCCUAAGAAGUACCAGAUCUUCAUGAAGGGUCUGUGGUAUCUCGACCAUCGGGACUUUUCGACAGCGCUUGAGUAUAUCUCGCACCCUUCUCUCAUCCCCGACUUUGCAGACGACAUCAUCACCGUCCUGGUUCGAUCCGCCGAGGACCAUGAUUACAGCAUCGCGCUAUCGUACUUUUACGCCGUGCAGCCUAUUCUUAAGACGUCGGCUGCUCUCGAGCUUCUUUUCAAUGCGAUGGUGCACACCAACAUCUCAGAGGCGUUGUUCUACUCUCGAACCUACCCUCCUCAUACCCGCGAGCUGCUCUUCCAGAAUCUGAUUGGUGCUGUCUUGGAGUCUCGAACUGAGGACUUUGCGGACCGAGCCACUGAACUCGCCUUCUUGCCCUUCGAUAAAUCUGAGGAAGCUUGGUUCGAAGAGUAUCUGCUUCAUGGUAACGGAAAGAACCACAAGAAGGCCAAGGACACGCUUGUGAUUCGAAAGAUUGCUUGUGAUCAGUUUUCUGAGGUAUCAAAGAUUCGACAUGGUGGACAAUGGUCCGGAAUCUUGGAUGGAAUUAAGGGUGGAAUUAGUGGUCACGCGGAGUAG